AUGUUUUAUUCAUUGCUUACCACCUUGUUGGUGCUGGGUGCCUUGCCCGGCGGUCAACAACUUGCCACGAAUAAUGCGUACUGUGAUGCGGAUUACUGUGAGCCGGGACUGACGAAUGUGGGCUGUAUGCCCACACCCGUACAAGGAGUCCCUGCAUGCAGUGGAAAGCAAGCAUCUAAUGUGAACCUCACCCAGUUUGGACAAACGUUUAUUCUACACGAGCAUAACAAGUUGCGCUCGCUGCUAGCCAGCGGACAGUUGGGUACGUUUGCUUCUGCCUCGCGUAUGCCACAACUCGUGUGGGACAUCGAGCUUGCCAACCAGGCUGCCCACAAUGUACGCACCUGCCACUUUCACCACGACGAGUGCCGAAAUACGGAGCAAUUUAGGUUCGUGGGACAAAACAUCGCUUAUUAUAGUUAUAGUGGCGCACGGAAGGGCAUCAGCGAACUGGUGGUAAAGGAAAUUAACCGGUGGUGGAGUGAGCACAACGUGACGAAACAACAACAACUGGAUGAAUUCCCUUCCGAAGAGUCGGAACCCCCAAUCGGCCACUUCACGCAGAUGGUUAGUGAUCGUACGUGGAAAGUCGGAUGUUCCGCUCAACAGUGGCUCGAAGGGGAUUCAAAUGUGUUUUACUUCUUGUGCAAUUACUCGUUUGGCAACAUGGUUGGCCAGCCGGUGUACGUGAAGGGUCCUCCCGCCUCUGGAUGCACUACCGGGGGCAUUAGACAAUAUCCCGGGUUGUGUUCGAUACAGGAACGCAUUUACUCUACACCGACAGCAAUUUCGAAUUGA